AUGAAACUAUUCAAAGAAGACAGCCGAGACAGAAUCACCCGCGAAAUCGAAGUGCUGCAGCUCUUGAGAUCUGGUCCGAACAUGAUAGAGAUUGUAGAUGUUGUGCAGGGAGAAGAGGGAGCAAACAUCGGUAUAGUCCUCGAAUACGUCGACAACACGGACUUUCGAACCUUGUACCCUCGAUUUACCGGCUUCGAUAUUCGAUACUACACCCGCGAGGUUCUAAAAGGACUCGAGUUUGCUCAUGGUCAGGGCAUUAUGCAUCGUGAUAUAAGACCCCAAAACGUGGUCAUUGACCAUCAACAAAGGAAGGUAACAAUUCCAUCCCAACAAGUACAUUGUGCAAGUCUGACAAAGCGACGACAGCUUCGUCUCAUAGGAUGGAGCUCAGCCGAGUUCUAUGAACCAGGAAGAGAGUACGACUGCUGCGUAGGCCUCUUCAAACCACCAGAAAUCCUUCUGGACUACGAGAAAUACGAUUACAGUGUAGAUAUGUGGUGUCUCGGCAGCAUGCUUGCCUCGAUGAUCUUCAGGAAAGAACCAUUCUUUUAUGGAAUCACUCUUACAGACCAGCUGAUCAAGAUUGCAAAGGUUCUUGGGUCUGAUAAGAUCUACGAAUUCGUUGAGCAGUAUGGGAUUACGAUGUUCCCAGAAGACCGCGAAGCUCUGGGCCACUGGGAUGGAGAGCCUUGGGAAAACUUCAAGAACGAGGGUAACCAGCAUCUAGCGACAACGGAGGCUAUAUCAUUCGUUCAUAGGCUACUUCGGGUUGAUCCCGCGGAGCGACCUACUGCCAGCGAGGCCCUCUUCCAUUUCUACUACCAAGAUCUAAACCGGGAGAGACAAGAUGCAGAAUGA